GAUCCGAGUUGCUCCCGCAUUUGAGCCAGUGAAGAUGUUAACAAAAACCGCUCUCUUAUUGGUUGUAGCUGCUAUUUUGUUUGAUGGUGGGCUGUGUGAUUGCAAUUGUGAUUACUUUGAUUACUUCUCAUGGAAUUUGGGUUUAUCAAUAAACAUCUCAAUCAAUGAAUCAACUACUCUCUCUAUGGAUGCAUAUCGUAUAUAUUUUUAUGAUUGUCAAGAAGCUGAAAUUCUUUGGGAGAUUGUCAAACCUAAUGGCGAGUAUGAAGUGUACACUGUAGCCAACUAUAGUGACUAUCGCUAUGGAAGACGUGAGACUAUUACAGAGAGAGGACUAUCGUUUGGAGGGUUUUGUCAUCCACUUAUUGAUGUAAUCUCCGACUGACAAUAACUCCCACUGAUCUGAGGUACAAUGGAGCUCAAAUCACAGGAAUUGUGCGUCUUCCUGAGUGUUAUAACACUUCCAACACUACCAAUACUACAACCCUCAGAAUACAAGGUCUCCUAAAAGCUCCCACUGAUCUAAGUGUUGAAGCAGUUGGAGUUGAUAGCAUUAAUGUGUCAUGGAGUCCUCCAUUCACCCUGGAAGGAGUCCCCAUACUCCACUUCAUUGUCUAUAUCACCAGUCAGGGAGUCUCAGAACAGAGAAACACCACUGAAACACACAUCACUCUGGAGAGACCAUGUGCCAGCACCACCUACCAGAUCAGUGCAUGGAAUGAAGUGGGAGAGGGAAAUGCUACCAGAAAAGCAUUCUUGACCAUCUUUGAAGCAGCUGUCAAAGUUAUUACUGAGCUGCCAAAACCAGGAAUAUGUCUUUCCUGUUCUUUCUUCUCUGAUUCUACUGCUGAUGGUUGCACUGUCAAAAUGGAAAACGACAAACAUGUUUUUGUUUUCAAUGCCACCAGAAGCAAUAACAACCUUGCACUACUGGAAUGUUUCUCAGUUUCAGGAGGGGAGUACAGCGUCAGUGUCCAUGAGAUUCACUACGGUGUUGUGCAUGAACAUGUUUGCAUUCAAGUAAACAACAUUACAUUAUCAAUUACAGAGGGUACCUCACUGAAGUAUUCCAAUGUGAAACCAGUGAGUGGAGGGAUAUGUGCCUUUUGUGUUUUCACAAAUGGCUCUACUGCUAAAGGAUGUGCCAUAACACUAUUCAGUGAUCAGAUUACAUUCAACUACACAAUACCUCGUCACUCAACUUAUGACAUAGCAUUGGUGGAGUGUUUCAAGGUAUUGCAAUCAGGAUCAUACCAUGUACUGGUAUCAGAGAUACUAGUGGAUGGAUCAGAGGGCUACAAUACACUGGAGCUACCUGAUAUCACUAUAGCAUUAGCCUCUGCAACUGACAAUACUUCCAAGCAAGAAAAUGGUACUCCAACAGUAACUGGACUUUCUGCUGUCCUUUGUCUGACACUGCUGGGCUUGAUUAUAGCCAUUUUACUUGCCUCUAUCCUUUUCCUUAAGAGAAGAUCAACCACAAGGGGAAAGAACAACGUUUCCACAGAUUCAGAAUGUACCACAGACCCAGGACCAACAGCUCCUGUGGCAACUGCUCCACUGUAUGAGAACACCCAACUACCACCACCACCACCCUCAGUCACUGAUGGUGGAGACCACAUGUAUGAACAUGUGGAGCUGAGGCCUAUCACUGGACAAGAGAAGGAGAUUGCAGUGGCUCCUAAUGCUGCUUAUGGCACUGUUCGUAGAUAAACACCACAAACGAAAUAAGUGAAACAUGUCUACGACUAAGUGUGUGUGAAGUGUUUAGUAUGCUGUGAAAAGACUGAUAGCUGUACUUGUAAUAAAUACGCCAUACUAUGAGCAUUUGGGAAAUUUUGAACAGUUUAAUUUUUUCAAC